UUAAUACGUAUAUGAUUAUAUUUUUGUGUCUUUUGCGUAAUCGGGGUCUGGGUCAAACACGAUUAUAAAGAAUUGUGUGCACAAAAUAUUUCCAUAUUAUAAUCAUUGUGUACUUGUGUCAAACUGUUAAGUUAGAGAUAUCACAGAAUAUAAAAAAAAUAAUCGUGAUAUGGAUUCAUACAUAACACUUUCGUGGUAUAAAACAAAAAUGUACUGUAAGCGAUGAAUAUUUCUCCAUGAAUUUGUACGUAUGACAAACAUUUACGAGUGCUGACAUAAUAAGUGAUAAGGUUAUGUUAAUCGGCGUUUGCACGGACGCACGGUUUCAACAUUCUACAAGUAACUACUAAAAAGUGUGACUGGUGUGAGCAGUGUACUAGUGACUAGUGAGGUUAGUUCUUCCGUAUUAUGUACAUGAUUUAGUGUGAUUCAAUAUUGUAAUUUGACGAAAAUAAAAAAAUUCAAAAUGGAUAGUUCAAUAUGCCCAGCAUGGAGUGACAUGGAUUCAGUGGACGCCAUUUCUCUUUCAUCUUUGAAUAUAAAUCCUCGUGCUGAUAUUUCUAAACAAGUCAAUGAAACAGAAAACGUUCGUGAGGUUUAUCUACCACCUGAAGUGUUGGAAAAAAUUGUUUGUUAUUUUGAUGGCGAGACUUUGGUUAAAUUCAAACGGUUGUCAAAGACAUGUCAUGAUAUUACUACUAAUGCACUUCGUUUUAAUAAACUGUGGAAAAAAAUCUGCUAUCAAGAAAUACCAAAGAAAUAUUUAAUUGAUCUGUUAACCAAACAGUUUGAUAGUAAUAUUCCAUUUGAUUUACUUACAGAUGUUCAUUAUGAAAUGGCUUAUAAAAAAUGGCUUGAAUGGCAAAAUCCUAAUUUUAAAAUAUCCCGUAUAGCACAACACAAUUUUUUGGGUCUUAAUGGAGUAGAUAAAAUUAUUUGUCAUAAACUUGAUGUCAUGAUUGUAUUUUCAAAUUUUAUGUAUAUGUUUUCACUUACAAAAAACCAGAACACAGGAGACUAUGAUCUUAGAACUGCUAAUAUAGAAGAUUGCAAAUUAAACACAAUAGUAGUGUUAAAUCCUAGACCUACAACAAAUCAAGAAACUGGAGAAGAUAAUACUUUCAUUGAAUGCCGUGAAGAACAUUCAAAUGUGUGCCCUUUGCAUAACACAGUUAAAGUAGUACAUGAUGGAAUUAGAAGAGAACAUUAUACUGGAAAACUUGUUGAUGUGGACAUGUGCGCUUAUACUAAUGUAUGCUGCUGGGUCCGAGAAACAUGGUAUGAAUGGCAUUCAAAUACUAAUUCAAAAGCUAUCAAAGGUCAUUUAUGCCCACAUUUAAGUUACCUUUUGUUUACAUCAGUAGUUCAUGGGUUGAUAAUCAGUCGGAAUCAGGUAAAUAGCAUCUUAAUUCAUGGUAUUUAUAAGAACUCGUGUAUUAUGGCAAGCUCAUGGUUGAAGAAAAAAUAUUCAGGAGCUUCUGCGAUAUACUUGUAUACAAAUAUUUUGUUUGUUGGAACUCUAAAUGGUUUCUUAUUGGCAUAUCGUUUGCACUGUAUGGAUGAUUUAAUUAAUCUCAAGGACGAGAAUAUAUUAUUGGAAGUAAAAUUGGACAUUGGUCAAAUAACUAUGUUUGACAUCAUUGAUUUUGAAGAUCUUAAAGCCUUAGUAGUUGCAUCUGUGUCAACUGUUCUGUGGAUUAAAAUUAAUUAGAGUAUAUUAUGUGUGUUCAUAGCUAUUUUUAAAGACUGUGUGUUAUUAUAAAGAGAAACUGAAGACUUUAAUUCUAUCAUUAAAAUCAAACAUUUACAGAUUCAUAAUUACAAUUUUUUUAUUUUAUUAUUUUUAUACUAAUUAUCUCUUUAUCAUCAAAAAUUUAAAUUAACAAAAAUAAAUAAAUUUAUAUACUUCAAUAUAUUGGAUCUUAUUAGAUCCUAAAUUUUUUAAAUAUUUAGUUUGUUUCUCUAUAAAUACUUGUAUAAUGUAAUACUUUUAACUAUGAAUUUACUAAAAACUAAUGAUUCAAUUUUCUUUAAAUUAAGUUUUUGUUCAGGGCUGGGCAGUAUCGAAGAUAAGUAUUUAAGAUAUGUAUCAGAAAUAUAAUGGUUUUGUAUUGGGAUAAUUUUUUGGCUUAUAUCUAAUAUAUUUUAAGUAUUUGUAAUUAUUUUUACAACAUAAUACAAU